AAGUGAACGAGAGGAGCCCGGCGUUACCCUUCAGAACACCGAUUGAGCCCAUUCUGCGCGCGUGAACGUAUCCGACGCCAUUGCCGCUGCUCCGAAGCUCCGGAGAGAGAGCGACCGAGCGAGAGAGAGAGAAAGUGAGAUAGAGAGAGCGACAAGGAGGAAGGGAGAGAGAGAGAGAUGCAGAGCUUGAAGGUUUUGAUUACAGGGAGACGUUCAGCUCACAGGUUGGGGUUUCUUGCUCACCGAAGAGGUCUCUCAGCUCAGCCGCAUUACGCUCAUUACGACCACUCUGAAGACCAGGUCUUAGUCGAUGGAAGGGCUAGCUCAAGAGCAGCAAUACUCAACAGACCAUCUGCUCUGAAUGCUCUGACUACUUCGAUGGUCGCCAGGUUGAAAAGGCUGUAUGAAUCAUGGGAAGAGAGCCCCGAUAUUGGUUUUGUGUUAAUGAAGGGUAGUGACAGAGCUUUCUGUUCCGGUGGAGAUGCGGUAGCUCUCUAUCAUUUGCUCAAUGAAGGAAAUAUUGAAGAAUGCAAGAAGUUUUUCGAGACAUUGUAUAAGUAUGUAUACCUUCAAGGGACCUAUCUGAAGCCGCAUGUGGCUAUCAUGGAUGGUAUUGCCAUGGGAAGCGGAGCUGGAAUUGCAAUUCCAGGAAUGUUUCGCUUAGUGACUGAUAAAACUGUUUUUAGUCAUCCUGAGGCUCAAUUAGGAUUUCAUCCUGAUGCUGGGGCUUCGUUUUAUCUUUCACGUUUACCUGGAUAUUUAGGAGAAUAUUUAGCUUUAACUGGAGACAAACUUAAUGGUGUGGAAAUGAUUGCCUGUGGCUUGGCCACACACUAUGCACUGAAUGCAAGACUUUCCAUGUUGGAGGAACGACUUGGUAAAUUGGUCACAGAUGAUGGAUCCGUUAUAGAGAAAGCUCUUGCACAAUAUGGUGAUAUUGUUUAUCCAGAGAAAAGAAGUAUUAUUCGGAAGAUUGAUGUGAUUGAUAAAUGCUUUUGCCAUGAUACGGUUGAGGAGAUCAUCCAUGCACUGGAAAGUGAGGCUGCCGAAUCUUACGAUGAAUGGUACAAAACGACCCUCAAGAAACUGAGAGAGGCUUCUCCGUUGAGUUUAAUAGUUACUUUAAGAUCCAUUCGUGAAGGGAGGUACGAGACCCCUGACCAGUGUUUGGCUCGAGAAUAUAGAAUAUCCCUUGGCGCUGUCUCUCAACAGGUUUCUAAGGACUUCUCUGAGGGUGUUCGAGCACGGCUAGUGGACAAGGACUUUGCACCAAAGUGGGAUCCUCCAAGUUUGGGAGAAGUGACAGAGGAGAUGGUUGAUUUCUAUUUCUGUACACUUGAGGAAUCGGAAUCGGAACUCAAGCUGCCGACAGCACUUCGAGAGCCAUCUAUUUGAGAUAGAUGGCGAGCUCCAGAUGGAGAAAUCAUCUUGCUUUUGUAUCUUACCGUUUUCUCUGAGAAAACAUGCUCUGGCAUUGGCAUUUCUGUCGAAGCUUGUGGUUGAGGUUUCAAAUUCAAUCAUAAAAUCCUCUCCUGGUGGUAACUUGUUCUCUUGGUAUUUUCCUCUCCCUCCCUGUCACUGCUGCAAUGUACCUCCUCGAAUAGGAUUCGACCUUGCGGAGUAAAUUCUGUUAAACAAUAGAUUGUGGAAAUGGAAUCUUUGAAACGGGAA